UUGAAGCUAGCUAGAGGAAAGAAAACGCAAGGAGAAAGUUCGCAAGGGGAGACAGGACUACUGGACUGCCCUGCAGUCUCACUUAUGUGUUUCCCAAAAAGGCUUUGCUUCCAGUUGCAUUGCAUCUUCUUUUGUUAUUCUAUACACAUCUUUUUUUAAUUCUACGAGGGUUUGAAAAGGAAAGAGCUACAUAAAACAAUCAUGGAACUUCUUUGCCUCGAAAUGGACACCGUCCUAAGAGCCCGUCCCGAUCCGAAUCUUCUCUAUGAUGACAGGGUUUUACAGAGCCUGUUGACCAUCGAAGAAAGGUUUCUACCACAAUUUUCGUAUUUUAAAUGUGUCCAGAAGGAUAUUCAACCUUUCAUGCGAAGAAUGGUUGCAACUUGGAUGCUUGAGGUUUGUGAAGAACAGAAGUGCGAAGAAGAGGUUUUUCCUUUGGCAAUGAACUACUUGGACAGAUUUUUAGCUGUGGUAUGCACCAGAAAGAGCAAUCUGCAGCUACUUGGAGCAGUUUGCAUGUUUCUUGCAUCUAAAUUGAAAGAAACGCGUCCAUUAACAGCAGAAAAACUCUGCAUCUACACUGAUAAUUCCAUCAAACCACAGGAGCUGCUGGAGUGGGAGCUGGUGGUGCUGGGGAAGUUGAAGUGGAACCUGGCAGCCGUCACCCCCAACGACUUCAUCGAACACAUCAUGAGGAAGCUGCCCCUGCCCGCGGAGAAGCUGACGCUGAUCCGGAAGCAUGUGCAGACCUUCAUAGCCCUCUGUGCCACAGAUUUCAACUUUGCGAUGUACCCUCCCUCUAUGAUCGCCACCGGAAGCUUUGGGGCAGCCAUCUGUGGACUCCAGCUUGAUGACGGUGACCAGUCACUCUUGGGGGACAACCUGACAGACCUGCUAGCCAAAAUCAUUAACACAGAGGUGGACUGUCUGAAGGAGUGUCAGGAGCAGAUCGAGAGGGUUCUGGUGAGCAGCCUACGGGAGGGCCGUCAGCAGCAGCAGCAGCAGGAGCAGGAGCAGGCCGGGCCCGGGAGCAAGGCCCUGGACGAGCUGGACCAGUCCAGCACCCCCACAGACGUUCGAGACAUCAACCUGUGAGCCGGCAGGAGCGCCACCCCGGGACUAAAUCCUCCAUCCAAUCAAAAACCAGAAAAAAAAACACAAAAAACGAAAACAAGAAAAAAAAAAACAACCACAACAACAAAAUGCUGGCUCGCUAGGUGAUCUUGUUUUUUUUUUUGUUUUGGUUUUUUCCUAUUUUGAUUUAAUAUGAAACUUCCUCCCAUAUAUAUUCCUAAAAUACAAGCUAUUUUAGAUAUUAAAUAAAUAUUUUUUAAAAAGUUUUACAUUGAAACAAAAAAGGUGCCUCAGAUUUACAGAAGGGAAACCUAUCAUAUUUUUCAUAUUUGCUGUUUAUGAUUGCAUAUGCAUAAUAUAGCUAUAUUUAAUAAGAAAAAUAUGAUAAACAGUUUAUAAUGGCUUUUUGAGAUAGUGGGCUUGCAUUUUGUGGGAUCAAGAUAUGGGCUGUUUUUGUUUGUUUUGUUUUAGUUGUAUUUUUUUUGGUGUGGGGCACGUAUCUUUGGGUAAGGCACACACACACUGGGUUUCCAUUGGGUCAGAAUGGGAUGUCGCCACGGUACCUGCACUGAACAGCAGGCGUAGGCUGUGUGUGUGUGUGUGUGUGUGUGUGUGUGUGUGCGUGUGUGUGUGUGUGUGUGUGGGCGGGGAGCCUGUGGCCUGAGGAAACAGGCUUUCAGCUGGAGGACAUAUGACAAGCAAGUACUCUGAGACCAGGACAGCGAGAGUCCCAAAGUCAGGGCACGACUGAGCACAACUGAGCGCGUCAUUCAGAAAUGGUUAAUAGUGCAGAAAUGCAAAUCUGUUAUUAUUAUUCCUAUUAUUGCUAUUAUUAUUAUUAUUAUUAUUAUUAUUAUUAUUAUUAUUAUUAUUGUCAAGGUUAUUUUGAUUACAUCACAGGGAAUGCUUUGAACAUUAUUUCAAUAAGCUUAUUUUUUUCUAAUGUCAGGAAUAGCUGCUUCAGUGUGUCUGUGUAUGCAUGUGUGUGCAUGUGUGUGUGUGUGUAUGUGUGUGUGUGUGUGUGUGUGUGUGUGUGUGUGUGUGUGUGUGUGUGUGUGUGUGCAUGUGCGUGUGUGUGGUAACUGGGCUGGAUGAGGGUGGGGAAGGGGUGUGGUCGCAUGCAGCAUUUAGAGGAACUGUCAGAAGAAGGGGCUUAGGGGGGUGCUUUGUCUGCCUGAUUUAUAGUGCGCCUGCAUCACUGCCAACUGAGAGAGAGAGGGGGGCGGCGGACAGUGGCAGAUAAGGCUGGCAGGCAUAUAUGUUGAGGGGCAAUGAGGUUGUUGUUCCUGAGUUCUGUUGCAUUUAGGUGUUGCAUUUCGUUUCCAAGUUACACACAGAGAUUGCCUUUAUUACAAGAUAUCAUAUCUUUAUUUUGAUUUAUUUUUAUUAUUUUAUUUUAUUAUUUGGUUUGUUUUGUUCUGUCAGUUGUGGAAGGCGCCCAGCAGUGCUUUUGUGGAAAAGGAGUAGGUUACGCCCAGAAGGGGGCGCUGUUGUCUGAGUGGUGGCUCAGUGAGUGUGCUUAUACCGAGAAAGACACUGGGCCUGCAGUGUGUCAGGGGGAAGACAGGGUGAGAAAGCAGGUGACCAGACAUGCAGGAGGAGGACUGUAAAAUGGGGGAGAGCUCUGCGUGGAUUGGCACGUUUGGGGGCUGUGUGUGUG